AUUGCGUAUGUUUUGUGUGCACGAGUGUUUCAGCAGUGCCCAACUUGGCGGAGGAUGGCUACCUACAGGACAAGGCGCGAUCCAAUGGUCACCUGCCCCUUCAACCCAGCACACCAGGUGAAAAGCGGCCGAUACCAGAUCCACAUCACCAAGUGUAAGAAAUCUCAUCCUGGCAUAGAUAUCAACCGCUGCCCCUUCUCCGCGGACCAUGUGGUCGAGCCGAGCAAGCUCAUGCACCAUGUCUACAGUUGCCCACUGAAUCCUACCGUGGAGCGCUUCCGAACCAAAUCUGAUCAGGACGUGCCAGUCACGGAGCCUGUGGUGGCAGACAGCAGCGGCGAUGCUGCACUGGUCAUCGAACCUGAGGAAAACUGGGACGAAGAGGCUAAUGAACCCUCGACGGUGGAGCCAAAACUUCAGAAGCCAGCUGUCCCUCCGAUUUUCACCGACGUUCAGUCUAUGGCUCCGGCGCAGAGGAGGAAGUUCUACGCGUCGUUGCGCCAGAAGGCAACGCAGCCUCCAACCGGUGAUGCAGAGGCCUCAACGGCGAAUCCUGAAAACGCUGUACAGGAGCCAAAGGCGGGCACAAAAAGUGACGAAGCAGUUGCGUGCAUGCCUGUGCAGGCCACCGCUGAACCGCAGGUUCCUCAGUGCCAGGCUCCACCGAUGUGCGUCAUGCUGCAAGACGAUGUGAUCGUGUGCCAAACUGAUUGGAGCGACGACGAGGAUGGUCAACGCCAGGUUUAUUACAUGGGCGCAGGACGAGGGCACCCGGGCCACAUGAUGGACACUGACCAGGAGGAGUACGACGAUGAAGUGGAGAGGCAAGUGCAGGCACGGAUGAAGCUGUUGGGCAUGGGGCGUGGUCGAAGGAUCAACUAAGGCUUUAGCUACACGAUAUUUGGCAGCGCUCGUCCAAAGUUCCAGCGAGAGGCUCAGCCUGCCCGCCUCAGCAGUGGUGGGAUACCUGCUGGUUGUACAGCACCGGGCAAAUCACCAGACAACAGAUGAUGACUCUGCUUCUGUAGAGUUGAAACAGUGCAUGCUUGGGUGUCACUUUUUUUUUUGCGUGCCGUGCAGGACGCGUCCGACAUGUUAUG